CAAAGCUUUGAGAAAACUAGCUAUGAAUUUUCUGACCAAAAUCAUCUCAGGACCACUAACGCAGAGCACAUAGAGGUUUUCAUCGUUCAGAAUUUCGAUCAAACAGAAGAGGUUAUCUUUCCUACAGUUUUGUGGGUGGUUUUCAGGAUACCUUACAAUGGCAGGGAGACAUCGUGUUCCACGUGAAGCGAAUAAUGACCGGCGUGGCUACCCUCUUGAAGGACCUUUUGGUCGAGGUCCUCCAAUGCGACCACUUCCUCAUCCUGCAGUGUUGGAGGAAGAACUUGAAAUGCAACAUGCUGAAAUUCGAAGACUCUUGGCUGAUAACCGGAGGCUGGUUGAGGACCGAAUGACAUUGCAGCGUGAGCUUGGUGCUGCCAAGGAGGAAAUUCAUAGGAUGAAUGUUGCCUUUUCAGAUAUUCGUGCCGAAGAAGAAUUGCAAUCAAGGGAGCUCUUUGAGAAAGGCAGGAAAUUGGAGGCUGAUCUUCGGGCCACUGAGCCCUUGAAAAAUGAGGCUAAACAACUUCGUUCUGAAGUUCAGAAGCUGACUAAUGUUAGGAAGGAACUUUCCACUCAAGUUCAGACCCUCACACAGGACGUUGCGAGGUUGCAAUCUGAUAAUCAACAGAUUCCUCUACUAAGGGCUGACAUUGAUGGUCUGCAUCAGGAGCUUAUGCAUGCUAGAAAUGCAAUCGAUUAUGAGAAGAAGGCGAAUAUUGAGCUUAUGGAACAAAGACAGGCAAUGGAGAAGAACCUAGUUUCUAUGGCUCGUGAAGUUGAGAAACUACGCGCAGAUCUUGCUAGGACAGAUGGUAGACCAUGGGGUGCAGGUGGACAAUAUGGGAUGAAUUUCAGCAGCCCAGAGGUUGCUUUUCCUGCUGCAUAUGGAGAUGGCUAUGGGAUGCGCAUGGGUGUUGCUGAUAAAGGGCCUAUGUAUGGGCCAGGUCCAGCUUCAUGGGGAGGACCUGAAAAGCCUCGCAUGACUCGUCGUUGAAAUCUGGAUGAUUAUGAUUUCAAUGACAGAGUAUACAUGCCACCUUUGGUUGCUCAUCAUCAGCAUAGAUGGUCAAGUCAUCUAUGUGUGCACGCCAGAUCAGUAGCCAUUUUUUUUUUCUGAAUACAUCAUGGAAGGAUAGUUGUUGCGGAUUGUCAAGUGAGAAAUCAGGUUUGUCUCACAUAUUCGAAGUGAGAAUAGAAGCAAAUGUGAUUCAUACGAGAGGUUUGUUUGACUUGGAGAUUGGUUGAAGAAAAUAUCUUUACCCAAUUGUUGAAAUUGGUGAUUAUAGCAGAGUCUAUGCAACCUAUUAAUUUUGUUGGAGGUUUAAGUUACCUGCAACGCGAAUCCCAACCUGUAGAUCUAUCUCAAUUUUAGCAGGUGAAGAAGUGGUUUGUCAAGGAUGUAUCCUGCAGUUUGUCAUUUCUGCUAGUGAGGGUAUGUUGCCAUCUCGUUUACAUGAGUCAAGGUAAUUUGUAGGAUGUUAAGCUUCUUUUGAAGUAAAAAAAAAUUUUCAUUCAACUGAUUUUUCGACAAUAGAUAAAUAAAGGAAUAAUGUCUCUUGUUGCAGCUUGUGAAUAUGGAUUUCACCUUCCUCUUACUGUACUGGCCGAAUAGGAGAUUGAAUUGGCCGUAUUUCAGGCUUCAUAUUUUCAUACUCAAUUUUGAAGUUUUAGGGCUUGUAUUGUCACUUGUUGAAUAGGAGAUUGAAUUGGCCGUUUUCCGGGCAUCAUAUUUUUAUGCUUAAUUUUGAAGUUUUAGGGCUUGUAUAGAAUCAGUAACUUCAAAUUGCUGUCAACGAGCACAUUGGUGGUGCUGGAGUAUUGAGGCACCCCUGCAUUUUGUUGCAAAACAAUAAAAUGAUGGCAAGUGCUAUUUUUCUCACAUGUAUUCAUCUCAUAUAAUGUUCACGAUCUUUUUAAUUGUCUUC